AUGAACAAUCCCAACAGUGACAAGUGUGGGGUGGAAGUGUCACCGUCCCAGACACACUGUGCCCUCAUGACUUGGCACCAGCUUGAGGCCUCACCCCCUCCCUCACCCCUAUCAUCCCAUCCACCCUCCCUCACCCCUAUCAUCCCAUCCACCCUCCCUCACCCCCACCCACCCUCCCUCACCCCUAUCAUCCCACCCACCCUCCCUCUCCUCAUCUCUGGGUUUAAAAGGAGCAGCAGAAGACGACCAGUUCAGAAGAAGGUGUGUGUGAAAAUGAACGUGUCGUCGGCGCUGAACAAACAGCUGUUUGUACCAUGUGGGGAGGUGCUGCUGGUGGCGGUGGAGGUGCAGAGGAGCCGCAGCCGCUACAGGUCCCUGCUCCGCAACAAGAGGGCCUCCUCCUUCCUCUGCGUCACAGUGACGAAGGGCAAACCUCCGCAGCUGCACAUCACCAAAGUAAAAAAGAUCGGAGACUCCUUCAGCAGACGUUCCCAGUGGACGGUGGAGGAACUGCGGCAAGUGAACGGCAUAAACCCACUCAAGGUCAGGACACAGACGGAGCUUUGUGCGAUCAAGACUAACGCACAAAUUGAUAGCAUCAUAGACUGUAUAUAG